CCGGUUGCCUCCAAAAGGGGAAGAUGGCGGACAGGCGUCGGCGACGCGCCUCUCAGGACACCGACGAAGAAGAUGAGGAUGUGCCCCGGUCGGAGGUGGAAGCAGGUCCUUCGGUCACCUGCAUCCUGGAUUUAUCCGGGGUCCAGGCUCGUGAGGCCGAGUCUGAGUGUGAGAGUGAAGAUGGCAUUGAAGGUGAUGCUGUUGUGCUUUCAGACUAUGAAAGUACUGAAGAGAAUGGUUCUCAGAAAUCUGGGGAUGAAGAAGAAGCUGAAUAUAGUGAAGAGGAUGUUCCAAGAGAGGAAAUAAAAUCAAACAAUGAAGGAGAUAAAGAUGAGUCCUCUAAGGAAGGAAAAGCUGAAGACAAAAGAGAGAUUACUGGAGAAAGGCAGAGUGGAGAUGGGCAGGAAAGUACAGAACCUAUUGAAAAUAAAAUAGGUAAAAAGAACAGACGGCAACUAGAUGAUGAUGAGGAUCGAAAAAACCCAGCCUACAUCCCACGGAAAGGACUCUUCUUUGAACAUGAUCUCCGAGGGCACACUGAACCUGAGGAAGUGAGACCGAAAGUCCGCCAACGGAAGCUCUGGAAAGAUGAAGGACGAUGGGUGCAUGAUAAAUUCCAAGAGGAUGAGCAAGCACCUAAAUCCCGAGAUGAACUUAUUUCCCUGUACGGUUAUGAUAUUCGAUCAGACAGAAAUCCUGAUGAAAUAAGGCCACGAAGGAUAAGGAAACCAAGGUUUAGAAGCCCUCAAAAUAGAGAGCCUGAUUGGAUGGAUGAACCACCACCACCAAGAACUUACAUGCGAAAACUUGGCAGUAGUGUUCCGUCCAUAAGAACUUUUAACCGAAGAGUGGGAGGCCCAGAACGCAGAUCUCCAGCAAAGAGCUACUCAAAAAAUGCUGCUUAUAAUGAAGACCGUGUUAAUAUGAAACCAGCUGAAAUAAAUAAUUCAAGAAGUUACCACUCUUCAGGAGAGUUAUCCAUCAGUGAAAAUAAAGCGGAUGUGAAGAAUGCUGAGCAGAGUAAUAUGAGGGAGAGUGUGACUGUGACAGACAGUGUGCAGGCUGUGAAAAACAAUGGUGUAGUAAAAGAAGAUACCAUUGUACAGAAUCAGCCUGUCCCUACAGAGGAUGUGCCGCAGGUACAGGAAAAGAUGAUUGAAAAGAAGUCUUAUUCUCGUAUUCGAAGGACCAGGAAUAAGGUCACUGAAGUAGGAAAACCACUGGUGGUGGAGGACAGCUCUGUACCAGCUUUGGUGUCUCCAACACAGCAGGUCUCUGUUCAGUCUGUACCUCCCCCAGUACCAAAGGCAGGCUCCUGGGAAACUCCACCAUUAGACCCUGCAAUGACAGGGCUAGAGCAUGAAAUGACCCAAAUGAAUUUAUCAGGGAAAAACUGGCCAGUGAGUACUCAACCACAGUAUGUACAACCACGAGAACUCAGAGGAAUUCCCAACUCAUUACACAUUGGCGCUGCUCCAACCCAGUAUAAUCGGGUGGAAGAAAUGGGUAGCCAAGGAAGACGAGCAAAACGUUACUCAUCUCAACGGCAGCGACCACUCCCAGAAGCACCUCCACCACCACCACCCCCCCCUCCUCAACAACCAGCACCAGCCCCAGCACCAACCCUAGGACCAGGACCAGCUGCAGGCCCUGCACCUAUGCACAUUGGCCUCAUGGAAGGACACUACUAUGACCCACUACAAUUUCAAGGACCAAUAUAUACCCACAAUGAAAGUCCAGCUCCACUACCACCUCAAGGCAUGAUUGUCCAGCCAGAUAUGCAUCUUCCUCAUCCAGUUCCAGGUUUCAAUCACCACCAGUCGCCUGGCCACCUCACCAACCCGGGUCUCUAUGCUCCACAAGUCCAAAUGCCAGCUGGACAACCACCUCCACCUCAGGUGCUGCCCCCUCCCUUCUUCACACCAGGAAUGAUGAACUAUGGAAACCCUAGUUAUCCAUACACAACUGGGGGCCUCCCACCUCAUAUUUAUCCAACCACUCAGGCCCAGUCUCAGGUCUUUGGUGGAGUCACGUACUACAACACUGUACAGCAGCAGGCCCUGCCAAAACCAUCACCUCCACGGAGACAAUCACAGCCUGUUACUGUUAAACCACCGCCACCCGAGGUACUUGAUACAUCCGUCAUCUGGUUUCCAUGCAGCUUAGGUACAACACCAUCUGAAGCUGCAAAAUAUCAUGACACCCGAAGUGAAAAGCUGAAAGAAAGAAAUGAAGCUUAACAACAAGAGAAAUCUUUGUGAAAUUAAACAAAGCGGAUUGCACGUAGAAGUGGAGAGAACUGGACUGAUGGCCAGAGUCCUCUGUUUGUAGUGUUGGAUGUCCUGCUGGCCCAGAAGUUUUGUGAAUAUUCACAACCUUCAUUUGACUCCGGCUGCAGAACUUGUCAGUCCUUGAGGCAGGGCAGUAUGCAAUUUGAUGCCUUCAGCACUUGACCUGCAUCUGUUCUUGAAUUGUGGUUCUUUAGCCACUUUCUGCUAGCUGUGUGAAUGGUAACUGCGGCAAACCAGCAAUUGGUUCCACCAACAUCUGAUUUUUGAAUGAAUCCCAUGUGAUCAAGUGCAACUUAGUUCCUAAAAAGUACAGCAAUAACCUUCUGACCACUGAACCUUGACAUUGAUCAAUGUUGACUGAUCUGUGGGUCAGUCUGUUCUGGCCUUGUCUUUCUAUAACUAAUAUACUCAUUUUUCAAUAUAUGAUCCAGUUAUUUCUUGAGUCCAGUGCUUGAUAAUAACUAAUAUAGGGAGACUGAACUGAUUUUGUUUUUAUUGGGAAAGUGGAAAGAUGUAGCCAUAUGCAUUAUAUGUACUGUUUGGGUUUAUGCCUGGCUUUAAAGGUGCUCUUGUAUUAGUUUGGAAAAACAAUUGUCUGCCUCCCUGUCUGCCUCCCUGUCUGCCUCCCUGUCUGCCUCCCUGUCUGCCUCCCUGUCUGCCUCCCUGUCUGCCUCCCUGUCUGCCUCCCUGUCUGCC